AUGAGCUUUCCAGGCAUGAUGCCGGGCGGUAGCCCCAUGGGCGCCAGUAUGCCUGGUCAGAACCCCCAGGGCAUGAGCGAGCAAGAGCAGGCCAUGGUCAAGGCUUCUGUUGCGCCUCUUCGCGCGACUCUGCAAUUGCCAAAAAUCAUUGCUGACAUGCGCUUUCUCCACUUUCUCCAGAUGCAAGCAGGCAUGGAGUCCUGCGCGACCAAGCUCGUCAUGUCCGGCGUCGCGGGCGCCGGUAUGGGUGCCGUCUUCGGCCUCUUCAUGUCCAGCAUGCGCUACGACACGUCCCUCACGCCGCAGGGCGCCGAGAUCGCCAAGCUGCCGCUCCGCCAGCAGCUGCGCACGGGGUUCAAGGAAAUGGGCCGCGCCUCGUACAGCUCGGGCAAGAACUUCGGCCUCAUCGGCGCCGUCUUCUCGGGCACCGAGUGCGCCAUCGAGGGCCUGCGCGCCAAGAACGACCUCAUGAACGGCGUCGCCGCCGGCUGCAUCACCGGCGGCGCCCUCGCCGCCAAAGCCGGGCCCCAGGCCACCGCCGUCGGCUGCGCCGGCUUCGCCGCCUUCUCCGCCGCCAUCGACUACUACAUGAAGCUGCCGCCGGAUGAGACGAGGAAUCCGGUCAUGUAG